AUGGAGGGACAGACCCGAGGAGGCAGAAGCCCUCCAGAAAAGCCCCUUCCUGCCGCUGCCAGCCGCAGCUUGUCCUCUGUGGGCGCCAUCUUCAUUCUCCUGAAGUCCGCGCUGGGAGCGGGGCUGCUCAGCUUCCCCUGGGCCUUCCACAAGGCCGGGGGCGUGGGGCCCGCCUUCCUGGUGGAGCUGGUCUCCUUGGUCUUCCUGAUCAGUGGGCUGGUCAUCCUGGGCUACGCGGCCUCUGUCAGCGGCCAGGCCACCUACCAGGGUGUGGUCCAUGGGCUCUGUGGCCCCACCAUCGGGAAACUCUGUGAGGCCUGCUUCAUCAUCAACCUGCUCAUGAUCUCCGUGGCUUUUUUCAGGGUAAUUGGAGACCAGCUGGAGAAGUUGUGUGACUCCCUCCUGCCGGGCGGCCUGCAGCCGUGGUAUGCCACCCAGCGCUUCACCCUGCCCACGCUCUCCAUGCUGGUCAUCCUGCCCCUGUCCAUGCCACGGGACAUCGCCGUCCAGAAAUACACAAGCACCCUAGGCACCCUGGCCUCCUGUUACCUGGCCCUGGUCAUCACAGUGCAGUACUACCUCUGGCCCCAUGGCCUCGUGCAGGAGCCCCGUCCUUCCCUGAGCCCUCCGCCCUGGACGUCUGUGUUCAGUGUCUUCCCCACGAUCUGCUUCGGUUUUCAGUGUCACGAAGCCGCCGUCUCCAUCUACUGCAGCAUGCGCAGCCAGAGCCUCUCCCACUGGGCCCUGGUCUCCGUGCUGUCCCUGCUGGCCUGCUGCCUCAUCUACUCGCUGACAGGGGCUUAUGGCUUCUUAACGUUUGGGACCGGAGUUUCUGCUGACAUCCUGAUGUCCUACCCGGGUGAUGACGUGGCCAUCAUCGUCGCCCGGGUCCUCUUCGCCGUCUCCAUUGUGACCGUCUACCCCAUUGUGCUCUUCCUGGGGAGGUCUGUGAUGCAGGAUUUUUGGACAAGGAGCUGCAGAGGGACUCAGGGGCCCCUGGUGCUAGCUGACCCCACGGGGCCGUGGGUUCGAGUGCCGCUGACCAUAUUGUGGGUUGCUGUGACACUGGCCAUGGCCCUGUUCCUGCCCGACCUCAGCGAGAUCAUUGGCAUCAUCGGGGGCAUCAGCUCCUUCUUCAUCUUCAUCUUCCCGGGUCUGUGCCUCAUCUGUGCCGUGGGCAUCGAGCCCGUAGGACCAAGAGUCAAGUGCUGCUUGGAGGCCUGGGGCGUGAUCUCUGUGCUGCUGGGCACCUUCAUCUUUGGGCAGAGCACAGUGGCAGCUGUCCUGGAGCUGCUCUGAGCAGCCCCUACAGGUGACCUGUGCAGCUCCCACCUCUAUCCCUGAGACCGAUGCAGGUUUCAUCAUGAAGAUGCUGGGCAAACAGACAGCUUCCGCCUUCCAGGCUGCCCGUGGACUCUGCUCCUUCCAGGAUUUCUGGUGAGGAAAGACGGAAUUAGGUUCUAGCAGCUGCUGUGACAAACCACCACACACAAUGACUCAAAGCAACAUUAGCGUGUUGCUUCCAGUCUGGAGGCCAGAUUUUGCAGUGGAGGUCUGGUGGGCCGUGCUCUCUUACUGUUGGUGGCUGUUGGUGCUCCUCCGUGACCCUGGCUUGCAGAUGUCACUCAGUCUCUGCUUUCGUCUUCACCUGGCCACCUCCCCUUUGUGUGUCCAAAUCUCCUCCUCCCUACAAGGAUACCAGCCCUUCGUUCGGGGCCAUCCCCAUUAAGUAUGUCCUCCUCUGAA